CUCAAAAUGAGUUGCUGCAACGUUGGUGCAUUCAUGAAGGAAAAAAAAGUAAGAGUGAGACUCAAAAAAUGCACUCAUUUUGCCCACUGAAUCCUCCAAAGUUUUCAGAUUAUUAUAUCACGUCAUACCGAUUAUCAUGAAACAGUAAUUUCAGUGCAUUGUGUUACUAAUCACUUAAUUACACUGAGGAAACUUAACUCGGGCUCAUUUUGUGUAUAUGGACGGUUUAAUGUCAAUGAUAGACUAAUUACUGAAAGAAGUGCUGAAGAAAAAAUUGUAGAGUCUCUAUGAUUGCUUGCUCCUUUCAUAUGCAACCCUUUCGUAAAUAUCAGUUUGAUAGCUUAAAUUACGGAUGAGACCAAACAUUGUAACACUGCUGUUUACUGAGAAGAUGGAAUGAAUGCUCUACUGUGCAGGCUUAUGUAAAAACCCACUGUUCGUUUGGAGGGGAGUGAUAAUGCUUUAUAAUGCUGUUGACAAAGAAACAGACUGCUGCAUGCCAUUAGGGGUACUGUAAACUGUACUAAACCAGGUCACUGGUUUUGAUAAUGCUGCUUAGAACUUGAGAUAUAGAACAAGUGGAUAAGAAAAGAUGUGCAGCACAUUCAGUCCGAAGGAGCCGGGGCCAAGCCUGUCUGAUGUGCAUCAGUACAGCCAGUGGUUGGCGAGCAGGCAUGAGGCUAGUUUAUUACCAAUGAAGGAAGACUUGGCUCUAUGGUUGACAAAUUUACUAGGGAAAGAGAUCACUGCAGAAAAUUUUAUGGAAAAGCUGGAUAACGGAGCACUUCUCUGUCAGCUUGCACAAACAUUACAAGAGAAAUUCAAAGAAAAUAGUAGUGAAAACAAAGCUGCCAAGCGUCUGCUUCUAAAGAAAAUUCCUUGCAAACCGAAUGCCGCUUCGGGUUCUUUCUUUGCCCGUGACAAUACUGCGAACUUCCUUGCCUGGUGUAGAGAAGUAGGGGUGGAUGAUACUUUUCUUUUCGAGUCAGAAGGUUUAGUCCUUCAUAAACAACCCAGAGAAGUCUGCCUGUGUUUGCUGGAAUUGGGAAGAAUUGCAUCCAGGUUUGGAGUAGAGCCAUCAGGAUUGGUCAAACUGGAAAAAGAAAUCGAACAGGAAGAGUCCCAUUCGGCACCUCCCCCAUCUCCAACUCCGACUAAAUCACCUGGAAAGAAGAGUGCAGGAAAGUUACUGGAUGAUGCAGUGAAACAAAUUUCACAAGAUCCUCCUUGCAAAUGCCCCAAUAAGUUUUCAGUGGAGCGUCUAUCCCAGGGACGAUAUCGUGUUGGAGAAAAGAUCCUAUUCAUUCGGAUGCUGCACAACAAACAUGUCAUGGUUCGUGUCGGAGGGGGAUGGGAGACAUUUGAAGGCUACCUCCUGAAGCAUGAUCCCUGCCGGAUGCUUCAGAUUUCCAGAGUGGAUGGCAAGACCUCUCCGGUCUCUAACAAGUCCCAGAAUAUUAAAGACCUGAGCCCUGACAGCUACCUUGUAGUAGCUGCCCAUUACAAAAGCAGACGAGGGAGUACAACAAAUAACAGUGGUAACUGGGGAACAAAGUGAACACGUGGUAUUUCUGUGCACUUUUUUUUGACCUAGUGAUCCAAUAUACCAAAAGUCAAGCAGACCAAGAAUAAUCUAACUCAAUCACUAAAAUUUCUUUGGGCCUUUUCUAAAUGAACCCAAAUAGGGUGGGGACAAAAGGAAACUGUAGACUAUUAUCAGACCGAGGCAAAACCUAAUGGGAAUGAUGUAAAGUGGACUUCUGGGAUAUUAAUGCUUACAAUGCAAUGAUGCAGAGCUUCAAUUAUUUCAACCUCACUAUAGGCAAAUUCAUUGAUUGGAAGGAGGUAACAGUGCAGUAGCGAUGACAGAUGCCCUCCAAUUUGCUCAGCUUUUGCAUAUCCUUUUCUUAUAUCCAUGCUACUCAGUGGCUGUGUUAAAAAGAAUAUUGGUGGUAUAUGUGCACCAAUGAUAAUAUAACAAACAGGAAGAGCUAAGUACUCUGCAAAUCAUCAGCAUAUAUUGAUUCAAAUGUUUACAAAUUGCUAAACAGAUUAAACCACAUCACCUCAGUCCUACCAUCCAUAUAAUUAUACCAUUUGCGUUCAGGCUGCCUCCAAAUUUUGAGCAUUCUAAGUGCAUUUUAAGACAUUCCAGCCAAGUAGCAUCAUCCUUAGCACUAUUUGACAGUCUCAGGCUGUCUACUGGGUUUAACAUUGCCAUAGUACUUUGGAUUAUUUUCUCCAGCACAUCAACUCAAGAGUAAAAUUGCAAAAUUCUGUACAGAAUCAUUUAUAUUUCUUCAACUUUCUGCUUUGAAAAAGAAAACAAGGUAGGAGAGACCAGUUACAACCAAUCAAAGGAAUCAAAAGACCGCUGUUUGCUCUAAAUGGUUUGGCAGCUCAUCUUUUGACCAAAAUUAAUUCAAAAAAAUUUUCAAAUCAAUACACUGUUAAUCCAAAGAUACAUUUCUACAGAAAGACUUUUCAGAAAAAAAAACAUCACAAAUAUAGAGCCAGGUUACGGUAGGAGGAACAGCUACAGAAUCCCAAGUGCCAGAUUAUUACUUCAUGAACCUCCAUCUUCCAUUUCCUUCAGCUACACCAAACCAGAAAAAAUAGUCAAUGUGCCUAUAAUCACUGCCAGGUGCUGCUACUUUUCAAAAUAAUUGGGAGCAUCAAAUAUCUCACUCCAACUACAUGUACGCAUUUACACACAUUUAAUCUUAUUCACAAUGUGUUGAGCUCAAGAAGAGGGGAGAACUCCAUAACUUGUAUCAUGAUUCUAAUAUUCAAACAAGAUAAUUGCUCUAUUGUGCAGGAAUAGCAUUAAUUUGUUUGAUGCAUAACAAUUUCUGAACAUUAAAAUAAACAGUCAUCUUGUAUUUACCAUAUCAAUAAGCAGGAUUCCUGAAUAAGUUAAGCAAGAAUCAUGAACGUAAUGCAGACAGCCAAUGCUGCUGGCUGAGCAGGAGCUUCUAAUACAUUAUCUGUUUAUUCUUCAGUUGCAUGAAUUAGUUGCACCAUACAGAAUGUAAUUAAUUCCAUACAUGAGAGGUGUUUGAUUUUGUUUGCAGGAAUACAUGCUUCUCCCUAGACCACAUUUAUUGUUACAUCCUAAAACAAAUCAAAUUAAAAUACUGCAGAUGCUGAAAAUGUAAAAGAAAAACUGAAAAUACUGAAAACAAUUAAAGGUCAGGCAUGAGUGAAAAUAAGAAUGAAGCAAGCUAUCUCCACAAUGUUUUUAUGUGUACUCAAAAUUAUACAAAGUUCACCAAUACUUAAUAGUAAAUAAAAUACUUUAAUCGGAGUGUAAUGACAAAGAUAUUUGACUUUGCCAUGGAAGAGGAAGACAGAAAAUGUACUUUUCUCUGAAGUACUCAAAAUAAUUGCAUUUGACAGGAAAUAACUACAAAUCUGUACCUGUAAUUUGUACCUGUAAAUUGCCAACUACAAUACUAUAUGCAUAAGACACACAAGACUAGAAAACAUGUUGACUAAGCUACUGCAACAUUAUUUGAGAAUAGUGACGAGGCUACAGUGAGCUAAAGAUGAUAAUAAGUAGUAAGAAAUUAGAUGUUUGUUCUAAGAAAGUUUGUUCUACUUUACUAAACCUGGAUAAAUUAUUUAAGGAGCACACUGUUCACCGUUUGAAUUUUAAUAAACUGUUCCCAAACACCAUAUUGUUUCAAGCACCAUACAAAACCAUAUUUAAAUUUUAAAUAAACAUUUUUGUUUGAAAUUUAGUGCCAUAUUAGUUCAGAUAGAAUCAUAGAAUCCCGCAGUGUGGAAGCAGGUUAUUUGGCCCAUCAAGUCCAUAUGACCCUCCAAAGGGCAUCACACCCAGACCCACAACCUACCCUAUCUCUGCAUUUCCCACCCUAGACACUGCGGGCAAUUUACCAUAGCUAACUAUCUAACCUGCACAUCUUUGGACUGUGGGAGGAAACCGGAGCACCCGGAGGAAACCCACGCAAACACUGGGAGAAUGUGCAAACUCCACACAGACAGUCACUCAGCAGUCAAAUGGGUCAUAUGGACUUGAUGGGCCAAAUGAUCUGCUUCCACAGUGUAGGGAUUCUAUGAUUCUAUCUAAACUAAUAUGCCUGAUAAACUAAAUUUCAAAGAAAAACAGUCAAAUUUUAAAAAUAAUAAAGUGUGAAGCUGGAUGAACACAGCAGGCCAAGCAGCA